AUGGUCCUGAGCAGCAGCGUCCCCAGCCUGACUCCUGCCAAAGGAGACCAAACUCACCUGCAUUACGGCCAAGGAGCCAUCUCCCUGCGUGGCACCAGUGGCUGGGCCCGGAGCUUGCGUGGCGGGGAAGGGAGACUGAGGCUGGGAAGGAGACGCAUCGAGGUGGUUUCUCCCUGGGAGGAUCCCUGUGCAAGAAGCCAUGGCCCUGCAGGUUGGGCAGAAUGUGGGCAGAGUGCAGGCAGAGUGAGGUGGCAUUUGCUGCUUAAGCAGGGACCUGCUCGAUGGGGCAGGCAGCUGGGGCGGCCAAGGCAAACAGGCACAUAACUGCCAGCCUCCCUCACGGCACCAGGGCCGGGUGCCGCCAGCACGGUGAUGGCUGCAGACCCACUCACCGUGCAGCCCGGCUCCUGGCGCACCUCUCCUGCUGCUGCUCCUCACUCAAAAGGAGGUCACCCCAGCUUAGCCAUGGCGGUAGCAGCCAGGAAAGGCAGAGUGACGGCCUCCCUGCUCACCGGCAGCACCGUGGCCAUCACCACCACAGCUCGGCCGGGCUUCCUGGGUGGCUGGCUUAGCCGGAUCCCACUACCCAAAUGGGCGCUCAUCACCGUGGCUGUGGCAGUGGCCAUUCUCCUCCUCCUCUUCCUCAUCUGCAUCGUCAGGUGCUACUGUGGCAAGAAGAAGCCCAAGAAGAAGGAGAGAGUCAGCUUGCACGCUGUCAGCAGCUCCACCAUGGCCAGCCUCGUCCAGCCCGAGAUGGAGGACCUGGAGCGGGGCACGGAGCAGACGGGGCGAGGAAGGCUGCAGUACUCCCUGGAGUACAACUUCCGCGCGCAGGAGCUGAAAGUUGGCGUGAAGCAGGCAGCCGAGCUGAAGGCCAUGGACAGUGGAGGCACAUCUGAUCCGUAUGUGAUCAUCUACCUAACGUCUGAUAGGAAGAAGAGGUACGAGACCAAGGUUUACCGCAAGACCCUGAACCCUGUCUUCAAUGAGAGCUUCACUUUCCAGGUACCCCAGGCGGAGGUGCCUGAAUCCACACUGGUGAUGCAGAUCUAUGACUUCAACCGCUUUGCCAAGCACGACAUCAUUGGCGAGGUCCAGCUGCCCCUGGCCAGCGUCAACCUGCAGCACGUCAUUGAGCAGUGGAGUGACCUGGUGGCAGCCAGUAAAGUGGAGGAAGAGCAGCUGGGCGAGAUCUGCUUCUCGCUGCGCUACGUCCCCAGCACUGGCAAGCUGACGGUGCUCAUCCUGGAAGCCAAGAAGCUGAAGCGGAUGGACUCCCAUGGGCUCUCAGAUCCUUUUGUCAAGGUGCAUCUCAUCCUGAACAGGAAGAAAUGGAAGAAGAAGAAGACAAGUGUGAAGAAAAACACCUUAAGCCCUUACUUCAACGAGGUGUUUGUUUUUGAGGUGCCUUUCGAUCAGAUCCAGAACGUGGAUGUUGUCAUCUCUGUCUGGGAUCACGACAAAGUGACCAAGAACGAGCCCAUUGGCAAACUCUUCCUGGGCUGCCGAGCCACGGGCAACCAGCUGCGGCACUGGUCCGACGUACUGUCCAACCCACGCCGGCCCCUUGCCCAGUGGCACAGCCUGCAGCCCCCGGAUGUGGUCGACAAAGCCCUGGCCCUGAAGUCCCACCUCAAGCUGCCCCUGCCCCCCAGAUAGUGGGGGUCUCCUCUUCCACUCAGGGGGCAGGAUGAAGGGCUUGCAGAGGGGUGAGGGGCUUCUGCUCAGCAACAUCCAGACGUGUUGGUCCCAGCUCAGUGUCAGCAAAGAGGGGACUGAGGGCUCUUUUUGGCCAAGAGAUGAUUUGGCUACUGGUGCAGCUCAUGCCGUGUGUAAUACCCGGAGCAGGGCAGCUUGGCACCCCAGGGCAAGCCUGGACAUGGAGCAGAGGAUCCUAGAGAUGAUGGCGUGGGCGCAGGAGCCAGCUCAUCCCAGCCGCUUGUGGGCUGAGGGGACAAAUACACAGAGCUUCAAGCUCAUGCAAAAAC